AUGGAGUUUCCAAGCUUCUAUCAAAACCUCACAGAACAGGCCAGGACAACAAUUAUCAGCUUUAGGAUUGUGUUUGUCACGUUGACCAACCUUGCCGGCCUCAUAUUCCUGGUCAUAAACGGCAUCAUCAUCCACACCCUGUGCAGUCGGCCUGUGUUCAGGGAGACGUCGCGGUACAUGCUCCUGCUGAACCUGGUGGUGGGGGACUCCAUCGUGCUCUUCAUGGGGCAGUUGUUGUACAUGCAAAGUAUCGCUAACCUGAACCUGUCCUACCCUCUGUGUGGAUUUUACAUCAUGAUUUCUUACCUGAGUGUCAAGAUUGCUCCUCUUACGCUCACAGUCAUGUCCACUGAGCGUUACAUCGCUGUUUGUUUCCCGUUUCAUUACCCCACCAUAGUCACCAUGAGGAACACGGCCUUUGCCAUCCUCAGUGUUUGGGGGAUGGGCUGUGUGGACGUUUUGAUUCAGGUUCUGCUCCUUGUUGAAUUCCCCUUCCACCUGCUCCCCAGUCUUCAGAUGAAUUCGUACUGCUCCCCCGUGGCCUUGUUGCUCGGACCUCGAUCUAAGGUCUACCAGACGAUAUCCACCAUUGUGCUGUUUCUGUUCGCAGGUUUAGUAAUCAUGUUGUCGUUCAUUGGUGUGAUGGUGGUUGCGCUCUCUGCCUCCACAGAAAAGGAGUCUGCAAACAAAGCUCGGAACAUGCUGCUCAUGCACAUGUUUCAGUUGAGUCUGACCCUGAUGUCCACCAUGGGGCCUGUUUUAAGAGCUGAGGUCGCUAUGGUGGACCCAGUUUUGGCUGGGCGGCUUUCUGUGGUGGUUCACGUGUUUUUAUUGAUGAUGCCGCGGUGUCUGACGACUCUGACCUAUGGACUCAAGGACUCGAGCCUCAGACCAGUCCUGGUUUCUCGCCUCUGCUGCCACCUGCAGGUCUCUCCAAACACUGUCACUGCUCACAGACAUGAUCUGCAGAAAAAGAUGUGGCCUCCUCUAAACUCUGGAUGGACCAAGAAGCAGACAGAGGAGUUCAUCCGCCUGAGGGGGGAGAAUGCGCACCUGUUUACAGGUGCCAAAUUCUCCGCUCAGGCGGCUUGGAAGUAA